UGGGUUGCACAACCACAUACCCAACCACUGAGCCAAGGCUCUCUCUGCAGCCGCCGUAUCUUGUAAGUUAGCAAAUAGCAAUGUUGACCAAGGCAGUGGUGUUCAUCCUCUUCCUCUUGAGCGUCUCCCGCUGCGGGACGUCGUGGCAGAGCUACGAUGCGAUAUACAACUUGGGCGACUCCAUCUCCGACACCGGCAACCUCUGCACGGGCGGCUGCCCGUCGUGGCUCACCAUGGGCCAGCCGCCGUACGGAAGCAGCUACUUCGGCCGCCCGACCGGACGCUGCUCCGACGGCCGCGUCGUCGUCGACUUCCUCGCUCAGUUCUUCGGUCUGCCACUGCUUCCGCCGUCCAAGUCCAAGACGAACGGUACCGACCUCGGGAAAGGCGCAAACAUGGCCAUCAUCGGCGCCACCGCCAUGAACCUGGACUUCUUCCUGUCUCACGGCCUGGGCAGCAGCAUCUGGAACAACGGGCCUCUGGACACGCAAAUCCAGUGGUUCCAGCAGCUCAUGCCUUCCAUCUGCGGCGGCGCCGGCGAUUGCAGGAGCCACCUGAGCAAGUCCCUGUUCAUCCUGGGCGAGUUCGGGGGCAACGACUACAACGCGCCGAUCUUCGGCGGCAAGAGCCUCGACGAGGUCUACACCUACGUGCCACACAUCAUCAACAAGAUCACAAGCGGCGUCGAGACGCUGAUCGGGCUGGGCGCGGUGGACGUGGUGGUGCCGGGCGUGCUGCCGAUCGGCUGCUUCCCGCUGUACCUGACCCUGUACGGGAGCUCCAACCAGAGCGACUACGACGGGGACGGCUGCCUCCAGCGCUUCAACGACCUGUCCCGCUACCACAACCGGCUGCUCAGGCAGGGGAUCUGCAGGCUCCGGAGCAAGUACGCCAGCGUCAGGCUCAUGUACGGCGACUUCUACACCCAGGUCGCCGAGAUGGUCCGUUCUCCCCGGAGCUUCGGACUGGAAUACGGCCUGAAUGUUUGUUGUGGCGCGAGCGGCCAGGGGUCCUACAACUACAAUAACAAGGCGAGGUGUGGCAUGUCCGGCUCAAGCGCCUGCAAGGACCCUGAGAACUACUUGAACUGGGACGGCAUCCACCUGACUGAGGCUGCCUACCGUUCCAUCGCGUAUGGGUGGCUCACAGGGCCCUACUGUGUGCCCGCUAUUCUGCAUUGAGCUACCGAUGGCUACGCAUAUUGGUUAACAGUGAUGUAUACUGUAAUAAACUAAUAAUUCAAGGGGAUGCUGCCGAUCGAUGAUGUUUCUGAUGGA